GGGGGAGGAACGCUGAGCGCGGACCGCUUAAAGGGCUAGAUUGAAAUUUGCGCGUCUUGGUAGGGAACUUUCCCGCCUUUAACUUCUCAAGAUUUGGAAGCUCUUUCUGGCGGGCAGUGGCUUCUUUUGGGUUUUGGUUCCGGAGGGAAGAGCUCGGUGGCUGAUGAAAGAUGUCUGGGUCCAACGCUGAGGCUGAGGAAAAGGUGGGUUCCACACAGUGUUCCUAGGUGCAGGUGAAUGAAUAUAAAGAAAAUGGCAACGCUGCGUAUCUGUCCCUGAGACCGAUACAGACUACAACUUUGGGGAAGACAGCUAAGGUUUAUCUUUUCCCAUUUUCCCUCAGCAAUUCCAAGCUAGGCCUACUUAAAUUGUCUGAAAACCCAGCUAAAAAGAAUUCUAGCAUUGCAGCGGUGCGGAAGAAGACUGGCCGGAAGAAAACCUGCGGAAAGGUUUUAACUUCAAAGAUGAAGAAGGCCUUGUCUCCCGAGGCAGAAUCCCUUCUGCUGAAGCCAUCCUUGGAUGCGCGUACUGAAAGUACCGAGCUGGAGCGCAGGGGCGCGUCAUUUUCGGCGCCUCUCAGUGCGGACAAGGAAAGCAGUGAUGAAGACGGUGCGCCAGGCCUGGAUGGUUUUUCAGCAUUGUCACCUUAUGAGAGGAAGAGACUGAAGAACAUCAGAGAAAAUGCAAAGUUUUUUGCUUCCCUUCAGUUAUCAGAGUCAGCUGCAAGGCUCCGUGGAAUGAUCGCGAAGAGACAGCCCCCUGAGUCAAAGAGAAAGAGGCCUAAGAAGAAAGAAAACGAGAUUGGAUGUCGGAGGUCCAUGCGGUUGUUGAAAGUAGAGCCUUUUGGAGAUUCAGUACCAGCAGGCCCAGCAGAGCCAGCAUUAGUAGAAGAAGAAAAUCCUUUGUUACCUCCUGGACCUUUAGAAAUGAUCCCCGAAAACCAAGAUGACAGUGGUGGGCAGUUCAGAGCGUCUUUGAAGACAUGGGCAGAGAUGAGCAAGACAAGUAAUGGGAAGACCCGGAAGGGGCUGUCUAGCAUUAAAAGCUAUAAAGCCUACUUAAGUGGUAUGGUCAUCAGUGAAUCUACAGUUCGGAAAGUGACUAGCGGCGCCAUCUCCUCUGUAGCCCUCCAUCCAUCGGAAGUGACAACCUUGGUAGCAGCAGGGGCCAAGUCUGGACAGAUUGGACUUUGGGAUUUGACCCAGCAAUGUGAAGAUAGGACGUAUGUUUUUUAUCCUCACAGUCAACCUGUUAGCUGUCUUUACUUCUCACCCGCCAACCCUGCCCACCUGCUGUCCCUGAGCUAUGAUGGCACUUUGCGAUGUGGAGAUUUCUCCAGUGCUGUUUUUGAUGAGGUGUACAGGAACGAGGGGAACCCUUCCUCCUCCUUUGACUUCUUGGCGGAAGAUGCUUCCACUCUGCUGGUGGGACACUGGGAUGGACAUUUGUCACUGGUCGAUAGACGGACACCUGGAGCUUCCUAUGAGCAGCUUUUCAAUUCAUCCUUGGGAAAAAUACGGACUCUUCAUGUCCACCCAGUAUCCAGACAGUAUUUUAUUACGGCAGGACUGAGGGACGUUCAUGUUUAUGAUGCGAGGUGCCUGAAUUCCAGGGCAAGCCAGCCCCUGAUCACUCUGACUGGACACUCGAAGAGCAUCGCCUCUGCAUAUUUCUCACCUGUUACUGGUAACAGAGUGGUGACCACAUGUGCUGACUGUAAGCUGAGAGUCUUUGACAGCAGCUCCAUAUCUUCCCAGAUUCCUCUCCUCACUACCAUCAGGCACAAUACUAUCACUGGGAGAUGGCUAACGAGGUUCCAAGCUGUGUGGGACCCUAAACAAGAAGACUGCUUCGUAGUCGGUAGCAUGGCCCACCCACGGCGGGUGGAAGUCUUCCACGAGACCGGGGAGAAUGUGUGUUCUCUUUUGGGAGAAUGUCUUGCAUCUGUAUGCUCCCUCAGUGCUAUGCACCCUACUCAGUAUAUUCUGGCUGGAGGUAAUUCCAGUGGGAGGGUGCAUGUUUUCAUGCAUCGAGAAAGCUUCUGAGCUUUUGGGUAGGUCCAACAAAUUGCUGUGGCUAAGGAGCCUAAAGCUUGCUUUCACACAGUGUAGUCCA